AUGAAUGAAAUGAUGAACGAAACAUCAAAAACGAACGGAAUCAAUGGCGAAACAAUUAGUGAAAAUGAAGAAGAAGAAGAAGAAGAUGAAAAAGAAGGAAAUGAUGAUAGACAGCAUUCUUCAUCAUUUCUCCGAUUGUUAAAUGCUCCCAGAAAUUCCGUAUGCAAUGCAAACACAAUCCACAGUAUUUCUUCAUUCAGAUCUGAUCACCUCUCCCGUAAAUCGACUCAUAAACUUUUCGAUAAUCCGAACCAGUUUGCCAUUGAAUUAACAGAAAAACUAUCUCCUCCGUGGAUUGAAAAUACAUUUGAAAAAAGAGAAUGCGUCCGAUUCACAGCUCAAUCAAAAGAUGCUGAAAGAUGUGGCUGUGGACGGUCUCUUUCAGCUCAUUCAUCUGCUUCUCGUCUAUUUUAUACUCUUCCAUAUCAUUUGUUAGAGAAAGAACAAGAAGUUUGGACAAUUGCAAACAAUACUCAAACAUCCACGACUGACGCUUUUGGAACAAUCGUAUUUCAAGGUGGAGCACAUGCUCAUAAAGCUCAAUACGUCAGAUUAUCAUAUGAUUCUGAGCCAUUGGAUGUAAUGUAUUUAAUGGAAAAAGUAUGGGGACUGGAAGCGCCGAGACUCGUUAUUACUGUACAUGGAGGAAUGAGCAAUUUUGAACUUCAAGAACGUCUUGGACGUCUUUUUCGAAAAGGAAUGUUGAAAGCUGCUCAAACGACUGGUGCAUGGAUAAUAACAAGUGGAUUGGAUAGUGGAGUGGUUCGACACGUGGCAAAGGCACUGGAUGAAGCUGGAAUUUCAGCAAGAAUGAGAUCACAAAUUGUUACAAUUGGUAUUGCUCCAUGGGGAGUUAUAAAAAGAAAGGAGAGAUUGAUUCGAAAGAAUGAACAUGUCUAUUAUGAUGUACAUUCGUUGUCUGUGAAUGCGAAUGUCGGAAUUUUGAACGAUCGGCACUCUUACUUUUUGUUAGCUGAUAAUGGAACUGUUGGAAGAUUUGGAGCAGAUCUCCAUCUUCGCCAAAAUCUUGAAAACCAUAUAGCAACAUAUGGAUGUAAUGGAAGGAAAGUACCAGUUGUUUGUACAUUAUUAGAAGGUGGAAUUAGUUCAAUUAAUGCAAUUCAUGACUAUGUUACCAUGAAACCAGAUAUUCCAGCAAUUAUUUGUGAUGGAAGUGGCAGAGCUGCUGAUCUAAUUUCAUUCGCUGCCAGAUAUAUCAACCCAGACGGUACUUUUGCUGCGGAAGUUGGCGAAAAACUACAAAAUUUGAUCAAAAUGGUGUUUCCUGAAUCAGAUCAAGAUGGAAUUUUAAGCAAAAUCACUGAAUGUGUACUUCAUGACGACCUUUUAAGGAUAUUCAGAUAUGGAGAAGAAGAGGAAGAAGACGUUGAUUUUGUUAUUCUGAGCACUGUACUUCAGAAACAAAAUCUGCCUCCCGACGAGCAGUUAGCAUUGACAUUAUCAUGGAAUCGAGUUGAUUUGGCGAAGAGUUGCCUGUUUUCGAAUGGAAGAAAAUGGCCGAGUGAUGUGUUGGAAAAGGCAAUGAAUGAUGCUCUCUACUGGGAUAGAGUCGAUUUCGUGGAGUGUUUACUAGAAAAUGGAGUUUCAAUGAAAAAUUUUCUGUCAAUAAAUCGUUUGGAAAACUUGUACAAUAUGGACGAUGUAAAUAGUGCUCAUUCGGUUAGAAACUGGAUGGAAAACUUUGAUUCGAUGGAUCCUCAUACGUACUUAACAAUUCCGAUGAUUGGACAAGUUGUGGAGAAAUUGAUGGGAAAUGCAUUUCAAUUGUAUUACACUUCGAGAAACUUCAAAGCUAAGUAUGAUAGGUACAAACGAUUGAAUCAGAGCAGUUACUUCUAUCGAAAACGAAAAAUCGUGCAAAAGGAGUUGUUCAAGAAGAAAUCAGAUGAUCAGAUAGAUGAGACUCAAGAAGAAGAAUUCGGUUUUGCGUAUCCAUUUAAUGAUCUUUUGAUUUGGGCGGUGCUAACAAGUAGACAUGAAAUGGCGAAGUGUAUGUGGAUUCAUGGAGAAGAUGCAAUGGCAAAGUGUUUAGUUGCUAUCAGGUUGUACAAAGCUACAGCAAAGAUAGCUGAAGAUGAGUAUUUGGAUGUAGAAGAAGCCAAGAGACUUUUUGAUAAUGCAGUGAAAUGUCGAGAAGAUGCAAUUGAAUUGGUAGAUCAAUGUUAUCGUGCUGACCAUGAUCGAACACUGAGACUUCUUCGAAUGGAACUACCUCAUUGGGGCAAUAACAAUUGUUUGUCGUUGGCAGUUUUGGCUAACACAAAGACAUUUUUGGCUCACCCUUGUUGCCAAAUCCUUCUUGCUGAACUUUGGCAUGGUUCUCUAAAAGUGCGUUCAGGAUCAAAUGUACGGGUUCUGAGUGCUCUGAUCUGUCCUCCAGCUAUCCUUUUUAUGGCUUACAAACCAAAACACUCGAAGACCGCCCGUCUUUUAUCAGAAGAAACACAAGAAGAUAUACCAUAUCCAAGAGAUCCAUAUCCAAGAGAAAGUAUAACAAGUACAACAUCAAAUAGAUAUCGAUAUCCGAAAGGAGGAGGUGAAGAACAGAAAGAAACGUUGCUGGAAAAAGGAAAUUAUGCGAAAAAAGUGACAAUUAUAUCAUCUCGAAAGAACUCUGGAGUGGCCAGUGUUUAUGGAUCAGCGUCUUCGAUGAUGUUCAAACGAGAACCUCAACUGAAUAAAUUCGAAAGAUUCCGAGCAUUCUACUCCGCUCCAAUCACGAAAUUCUGGUCGUGGUGCAUCGCUUUUCUGAUAUUUUUACUUACUCAAACGUGUAUUCUUCUUCUGGAAACUCCUUUGAAGCCAUCGAAAUAUGAAUGGCUUACACUCAUUUAUACAGUCACCCUUUCUGUUGAACACUUGAGAAAGCUACUGACAUCAGAAGGAUCUCGAAUAUAUGAAAAGAUCAAAGUGUUUUAUUCGAAAUGGUACAAUAUUUGGACAUCAGCUGCACUUAUAUUCUUCUUUGUUGGAUUCGGAUUUCGUUUGGUCCCAAUGUUUCGACAUUCUUGGGGAAGAGUUCUUCUCAGUUGCAGUAAUGUUCUUUUCUGCAUGAAAACUUUUGAAUAUCUUUCUGUUCAUCCAUUACUUGGUCCUUACAUCCAAAUGGCGGCUAAAAUGGUGUGGUCGAUGUGUUAUAUUGUCGUACUUCUUCUUGUUCCACUCAUUGCUUUCGGCGUAAAUCGACAAGCUCUUACCCAACCAGAUAAAAAAGAAUGGAGUUGGUUACUGGUCAGAAACAUCUUCUACAAACCAUAUUUCAUGUUGUACGGAGAAGUUUAUGCAGGAGAAAUCGAUCCAUGUGGAGAUGAGGGCAUAUUUUGUUACCCUGGAUAUUUCAUUCCACCUCUUCUGAUGGUUGUAUUCCUUCUAGUUGCUAAUAUUCUUCUUCUCAAUCUACUUAUUGCGAUUUUCAAUAAUAUCUACAAUGAUUCAAUUGAGAAAUCGAAAGAAAUUUGGUUGUUCCAGAGGUAUCAACAACUAAUGGAGUAUCACGACAGUCCAUUCCUUCCACCUCCAUUUAGUAUUUUCGCUCAUGUUUAUCAUUUCAUAGAUUAUCUCUGCAAUCUCCGAAGCAAACGACCCGAUUCAAAUCGUUUUCGGUCCGAGCAUUCAAUAAAAUUGAGUGUGAAUGAAGAUGAAAUGAAACGAAUGCAAGACUUUGAAGAAGAUUGUAUCGAUACACUCACGAGGACAAGACGAUUGAAAUUAGACACGAAAGAACCUUUGAAUAUGACCGACUUAACUGAAUUGACAUGUCAGCGGGUACAUGAUCUGAUGCAAGAGAACUUUCUUCUCAAGAGUCGUGUAUAUGAUAUUGAAACCAAAAUUGAUCACAUUUCGAAUUCAAGUGACGAAGUUGUCCAGAUUCUCAAAAAUAAGAAGUUGUCUCAAAAUUUCGCAGCAUCAUGUUUAUCGUUACCUGAAACCUCGAUAGAAGUUCCGAAACUGACAAAACCAAUAAUUGAUUACCAUUUGUCUCCUGUUGUAAUAGAAGAGCGUCUCGCGACUCGAUCCCCACUUCUUGCAAAUCUUCAUCGUGAUCAUACACUUCGAAAAUAUGAUGAUGCAAACUUUCAAGCUGGAAAUCUUCAACGUAGAACACGUCUUCAUUCCAGUUCUUGCUCUAUUUCUCAGGAUAUGAAAGAGAUGAGAACAAGUGCAAGUGCAAGAAAUUUGAAACGUCAGGAUUCUGGAGAACUGACGCCUUCUUCUCAUGGCGGAUAUGAUUCAGAUGUUUCUGCCCCGGACUGA